AUGACACGGUUUCAAGAGUUGCUGUUAAAUGUAUCAUUAUUUCUUAGUAUGGUGACGUUAAUUAAGGCAAGAAUUACGGUCAAUAAAUGUCAAGAUUCAUCACCGAAGGCCUCUUGUAGACAAAAGUGCUAUGAAGACUGCAAAAUGUCGUGCGGACAAGCCGAUCCCCAACUUAAGUCAUGUGAACAAACAUGCCUAGAUCAUGGGCAGUGCGAUUUGAAAUGCGUUACCAAGGAGACCUGUCAUCAGGACUGUGAAGCGCUGCUGACUUGUGGAUCAGUAUUUUGCAAAACAGCCGACUGCACUCAACGCUGCGAUGAAGGAAUAUGCAACAUGAGUUGUAGAGCGACUUCUCGCUGUAAACAGCUGUGUAAUGCAGGAUCGUGUCACCUUAAAUGUGCCAAAACUAGUGAGAGAUGUAAACAGGUGAGUAUGGAAGCACUUUAAUUUAGUAUAAAAUAGUGAGAAAAUUUGUCUUUUAAAAAAAGAUAACGCCGUUUUUGUUUUUUCGCCAGGGCUAUUGGGUUUUUGUUAAAACAUCGUUUUGUUGACACGUGAUCAAAAAAAAAAACAGGACAUGAGGUGUAAAAGAGUCAAUGAGUCACCCAGUCCUAACCUUACCCAGUAACUCUAACCUCAAACCAUAACCCCAGCUUACCUAAUAACUUGACUCACAACCGGCAUUGACUCCUGCCGCAGGUGUUGGGGAACGGAAACCGAGAAGUGGUUAUUCCAACAACAGGCUAGGACAGAACACAAAAAGGGCUCUAAGACAUUGAUUUGGAUUAGACAAAAAUUAUAGCAGGUGACACACUCGCGGCGGUCGAACAAGUAUCUUACGCAUGCGCAAUUCCAUAUCGACAAAGCUGAGGAGUGUUUCUGAUAAGUGUUUGCUUAUGUUGGCAAAUUUAGAGACAGAGAGGUUGUAAAGUGUACUUUUUUUCCUAUUCUCCUACUUUUGCCAUUUAUACCAGCUAGGAGCCCAUUAUCUGACCUGCGACAGGAGCGCAGAAACGGGACGGAAAAGGACGAUCCCUAAUCCGUUUUCUCGGUAGUUUCUUGGUGUUGCGAACGAGCUUAAUCACCAAUUAACGUAUACACAUUAUUGAAAAAGACACUGAACAGUACCUACACCACACCAUAAAAGCAAACCAGCAAUGGUUUCGGCAACAUCAAGAAACAUCACUUUUCUCCUACCUUAUCUUCGAUCCUCCUAAUUACUUCCUUCUCCUCUUUUCCCUUCAUCUCUCCUCUUUCUUUCCUACUUUGCGAGAAACUAUCAUCUAACCUGUGACCAGAGUGCAGAUACAGAAACAGAAAAUGUGCUCAAGAAUUCUAGUCCCCUGCCUCCUUACUCUAACCUACCAACUCGCCCAACUCCUUCUUCUAUUUAUACUGCAAUGACCCUAUAUUGUUUACCCAACGUUAUAGUCAUGCUGGGAAGGCAGCUGCCCAACAUUCUGCCGUGCUAAGCGUUCAUGUGAUCAAAACUGUGACGAUGGCGAAUGUCCAAUGAGAUGUGCCACAGACGAUUGCAUUCAGUCCUGUACAGGCGGAAAGUGUAGAAUGAAAUGCAGAACCAAGAACAGUUGUGUGCAGCAGUGUUCAUCGCUCUGUCCAUUAGUUGAAUGCCAUAGUAAAGAAAAAUCAUGCGAACAGGUGGGCCUUACACUUCCUUUACAAAUCAAACUUAAGGGCGGAAGAUUAGUUUUAUCCCCCUAACACCCUUCUCAACAGAAACAGAAUAUUCAUUACCGGGGGCUACUCCCUAUAAUGGCUUAUAUGGGGAGGCUCCGCCUGAAAAGGGUAUCUUUUCAGGCUUCAGGUAUAUAAAAGGGUAGGGACUUUACUCGUUGAGGUAUACGAAAGAGAAGGGAAAUCUGUCAUGCGGGUCUGUGAAAGGGCCCAAAGGGCUAUCAGAUGAAUUUUGAGGCUUUUUAAUGUCGAGAAAACGUUCUAUUUUUGUGAUUGAUUCUUAUUUAAGCGACAGUGCAUUUACAGCGUUUAAAAGGGAUGCAGAGUUCUAGACAACUUAAGGUAUGUGAAAGGGGUACCAUUUGUCAGUAGAAGGUAUACGAAAGGGGUACCGUUUUCGUGAAAAAUGGUAUACACCUAGUUCAAUUAAGGUUUCUCCCGUGAACCAUGUUUCAUAGCCUGCAGUACACUAUGGUAAACCACUUUUGUAGCGGAAGCUUAGUCUUGUUCACGUUCCUUGAAAUAAUGGAGACCAUUUGUGAGAAGGUGUUCAAGACAGCUUUCAAGUCAAAUGGCUGCUAAAAUUCUUAAGCAUGAGCUAGCUGAAAAAUUUCAUUUUUAAAAUCUCAUGGCUAAAAAUUAGAAGCCUCUUCUUUUAACAACAUUAAUUGAAUAGGGUUUUACCGCCAGAUUAAGCUGCGUUUUUGUAUGGGUCAGCCUAAAAUGCUGGUUAUUUUAAUAAAGCAAAUCCAUGCUAUUCUUUUCUUUUUACUCAGUUUUAAAAUAAUUGCCUCAAAAAUAGAUAAACACGUAAUGUUAGUUAUUCAUUGCUGUUCGACAAACGCCUUUAAUUAGAUUUUUUCAACUACAUCCAAAAUUCCUAUGUGCACGAGUCAAACAAACUCGUUGAAAAUUUGCAGCAUUUGCGUAUUACCACAGAGGAAAACCUAACCUCAAAUCACCGUCUUAAAUCAAAAAGCCUAGGAUUCAGUGUUUUGAAAUACAUUCUCUUAACGUUCUGCUGGCAUAGCAUAGAAGCGUUAGUAGCGUUUGCUUUCUAGGUUUCUAUGCUCGUUGCGGGCACAUAAUUGACUAUACCUGCUACAAUAAAACAUGGAUCAUGCAUCAUUCUUCUCACAAGCAACCUUAAUUGAAAUAGGUGUAUAGAAGGGUAAGGGGUUGGACCUCGGGGCGGAGCCUCCCCGUAUAAAAAUUUGUUGAGUACCCCCUGGGAUUAAUUAUUACUCGUAGGUUGAGGAUGGAUACCAUUUACAUGGACAAACCGGUUGGUUCACGGUUAGGGUAAAUGGUAAGAAAAAUUCAGGACUGGUAAAUUUCACUCCGGAAUCCCGUUUCAAUUUGUACAAAUCAGUUUCAUUUUCCGAAAAAAGGCCCCUGCAGCCUGAACCUGUUGUCAAAGAUGGCUUUGAUCGAUCGAAGAAAUGCAACACGAAUUUCCGUUGGAAAAUUCCGCUCAGGAAAACAAGUUUACCUUAUCAAACGGUCCGUUGCUUCCGAAAAUGUUUCCCUGAAACGACUAAUAUUUUUUGUAUGUUAUUCAUAGCUGGAAGGGGCCGAGAGGAUGUUAAUCCGCGCUAAAGAACAGGGCUAUCAGUACUGCAACGGUGGAGGCUGCCAUCAAAACUGUACAUCAGAAUUUAGAUGUUAUCAAAAAUGCAAGGGGCGAUGCCUUCAACAUUGCACCACAGGUGAGAGAUGUGAGCAGUCGUGCUCCAUCGACGGAAAAUGUGAUCAGUCCUGUACCUCCAAUUCCUGCGUACAACGCUGUGACAAGGGUGGAAACUGUAACAUGACCUGCAAAGCCAGGGAUCGUUGCGUACAGGUACUAAAUAAUAAUAAUUAUAACAAUGGUCUUUAUUUCCACCAUAACAUAUCCUAUGUUACAACUGUCAUGAAUACCGUAAUACAUAAUAAAAUAAAUAAACUAAUCAUACAAUCCUAACUAUACUGUACUAAGAUUGUGUUUAAAUAUUAAUCUAUUUACAAAGGCAGACAUGAAACGCUCAGUAUUAAUAUAAGGACGGGCGCAUUGCUUUGUUACGACGAUUACAAGAACAGACUUUCUUUGAAGGAAUAUAUGGAACUAGCGGGUGAUUGUCUAUAGAGGUUACUUUCUCAAAAAUUUUACAGUCCUGCUUCUUUAAUAGAUAUAUGAUCCUUAAUUGAAACGGGGUAAGAAAUAAAACAGCGCUUAUAACAUAUAUGUAAAUAAGUCUCGUGAUUGGAUUGUUCAGAUGCACAGACUACAGAAAUGAGAUGUUGUCUGAGGGGACUUAAUUUGAUUGGUUAAACCAGCGAAGGCAGACGUGCGCAGCGUCAGAUCCUGGAUUGGAUCGAUUUGAACGAAGAGCAACCUCAGGAACCUCGUUCCUUGGGCGGGGAGGGAAUGAGGUUGGGCGGAGAAAUGGAAUAUUUGGAUUGAUCAGUGAUCUUUACUUUAUAUUAACAUCAACGGGAUCAUCCCUCGCUGCUUCUGCUGUUUGAGUGAGCGAAGAGAUUCCGACAACAGUCCCGUAUCCAGGGUCUAAAUAGAGCUGAAAGAGUGAGGAAGCUUAAAUAAAAAAAAAAAAGACAAAGAGAAACGGAGAAGGGGCCGGGUUUCAUUAGGGAGCUUAAGCAGCGACGUUUUUGAGCGACGCACGUCAACCGGAAGUGAGGUAUUUUCCCUCUUAACAUACCUUGAUGAUAUAAAAUUUGUAUUCCUUAGCUUCUUUACUGUUAUAGAGGCGAUUUGACUGAAAAUUUGCGCGAAACCACCGUCAAAAAAUGAAAAAAGGCCACUUCCGGUUGACGUGCGUCGCUCAAAAACGUUGUUGCUUAAGCUCCCUAUUUUACAAUACGAGCUGGGAAUCGCGAGAAAUAAUCUGGAAUCAGAUCGAGAGAAUGCCAAUACUGGCCAUGCUCUCAUUCUGAUUUAAUUUUGACUUAAAAAAUAUUUUAGCCAACGAAAACGUAGAAUUCGGAUUUAAUUCUCACAGUUAAAUUGUCUAACGGUUUUCGCUAAUGUCGGAAACGUCUUAAACUUGAUUUCACAGCAAUGCUCUAGAGGAGGCUGUCAUGGAGUUUGUGACUGUCGAUCAUGUCUGCAGUUCUGUGAUGCCGGUAAUUGCACCAUGGAAUGCAAUGCAAUGCAAUGCCAGCAUAAUUGCACGGGUGGAGGCUGUAAUCUUACAUGUCCUGAUGGAGCAUUGUGCAAACUACACUGUGGAGCUCAUCAAAACUGUACUAUCACAAGAAAAGUGAAGCCAAGAAAAUUUGGCUACUUGACUACGACAGUAUCACGGACAUCAGACGAACAUGGAAUCCAUCUCAACAAAAGAACGACCAACAAUGGCUGCAGCUUUGAUCCCUGUAGGACUCUCUUUAUGGUUGUCACGACCGUUAUGUUUUUGUCCUCUUAG